AUGCCACGACAUUAUCACUACCAACCCAGUCGCGAACUCCAUGUGGUAGUCCUGGGAGCAGGCGGCGUGGGCAAAAGUUGUUUAACUGGUGAGUUGUCAUUCUCCCUUCGCCUUCGCCUUCGCCUUCCCCUCGUCCCAUGUUCUUCAUGUUGCUGCGCCUGCGUCCCACCGUUGCAUCCGCAAUCCUACUACGCUUCCCUGUCUUCCCCUUUGCAGCACAAGGCUCAUGCGAGAACAGCCCAGUUCGUCCACAAUGAGUGGAUCGAGAGCUAUGAUCCCACCAUAGAAGAUUCUUAUCGCACGCAGCUUCAGGUUGAUGGACGUCAAGUUAUUCUCGAAAUCCUCGAUACUGCGGGGACCGAGCAAUUCGUCGCCAUGAGGGAUCUGUACAUGAAAACCGGCCAAGGUUUUCUUCUUGUAUUCAGUAUCACAUCGUCUUCCUCCCUAAGCGAACUAGCAGGUUUGCGCGAAGAAAUUAUCCGGAUAAAAGACGAUGAAAAUGUACCUCUUGUUAUUGUCGGUAACAAAGCCGAUUUGGAGGAGAAUCGCGCUGUGCCCCGAGCCAAGGGCUUCUCCAUCUCACAACGAUGGGGCGCACCCUACUAUGAGGCUAGCGCGAGGACAAGGACCAACGUUGAUGAGGUCUUUAUCGAUCUCUGCAGGCAAAUGUUGCGUAAAGAGGACGAACAACACGCGAAUGACGGACCCAAUGACGACUACAAGUAUGAUCACGGCCGAAGUUCUCAUAGGCGUCAACGACGUCGCCGAAAGAAGGAUUCACCGCGAUGUGUGAUCCUGUGA